AUGGACGCUCAACCCUCCGGCGCUGGCUCGUCAAAGAAAUCAACAGUGUACGUCGCGGGCUUGGCCCCAGAGGUGAAUGAGCAACAGCUCCUCGAGGCGUUCGUGACAUUCGGCGAUAUAUUAGAGAUCUCAUUACCGCAUGAAGCCAACGAACCAAACAAACACAGAGGCUUCGCCUUUCUGACAUUCUCCAACCCCGCCGACGCCCAAGAAGCUAUUGACAACUUCGAUCUUAACGAAUUACCAGGCUAUCAAGGCCGGGGCCGGUUUCUGAAGUGCAGUCUGGCCCAGCCGGACCGGUUCCAGAAGGCUGGAGGGGAAGGGGGCGCGGGUAAGGGGUAUGAUCGGGCUGUCUGGGAAUCAGAAGAAUGGCUGCAGAAGAAUGCAAAGCCAGCGGAGGGGCAAGCGGCGGCUGGAGCAGAUGGGGAUGGCGAAGAGGCGGCAUGA